UUCUUCAUUCGUCCACCGCCAUAAUUCAAUUCAAACAGAGAAGAAGAAGAAGAAGAAGAAACAGGAAGUUGCCGGCUCUGCCUGAGCAUAUUACAAACAAUGGGCAAAAAGCACAAGAAACACAAGUCGGAAAAACACACAUUUGAAGAAUAUGGAGAGAGACCCCUCAAGCUGGUGCUGAAAGUGUCCGGCAAUGAGGUGACCACAGGGAGCUCCAGUUUGGACACGUUUUACGACGAGCAGUCCACAGAUUAUGACAAACCCAAGGACAAGGACAAGGACAAGAAAAAGAAAAAGAAGAAGGACAAGGAGAGGAACUGUGGAACGCCCGAUAGUGACAAAGGAAAGAAAAGGGUGAUUAAAAAGAGGAAAGUCCAAGAUGCAGAUGGAGAUGACGACCGGGAAAGCUGCAGAACUCCCAUCCGCUCAGAGCUGGAUAAACUGGAAGCGGAGAAAGAGCAAACUCCACUGCAGGAAGCACUGAAUCAGCUCAUCAGACAGCUCCAAAGGAAAGACCCCAGUGCGUUUUUCACUUUUCCAGUGACAGACCUGAUUGCCCCAGGCUACUCUUCUAUUAUUAAACAUCCUAUGGACUUCAGCACAAUGAAAGACAAAGUCAAGAAAGGUUGCUACGUGUCUUUGGACGAACUCAAGGCUGAUUUCAGGACAAUGUGCGAGAACGCCAUGGGGUACAACAAAGCCGAGACCAUCUACCACAAGGUGGCUCGCAAGAUGCUCCACUCAGGCAUGAAGAUCCUGAGCCAGGAGAGGCUGCAGAGCUUGAAGCAGAGCAUCGAGUUCAUGUCUGGUCUGGACCCGUCUAAGGAUGCAAAGUGUGAGGAACAAGGGUCUGCCUGCCUGGUGCUAAAAAGAGAAGCACACUCCAGCACGGACGGCAGCGAACGCUCGCAGACGCCCAGCACACCAAGACACGACAAGGACUCCAAAGACGAGGGGGUCGUGAAAGAGCUGGAAGAAAUCCGCAAGGUCAUCGAGGAGUCCGGAGGGAAGCUUUCCAACCGAGUGCUGCAGUGCGACGUGGAGUUUUCCAGGCAGCAGGCGGAUGGAUCCACUACUUUAGCUUUUGUCAAUCCAGCAGAUCCGGCAGUAGGAGAGACUGGUCACUGCCCCGUCAAGCUGGGCAUGAUGGCCACUCGGCUGCAGAGCGGCGUCAAUUGCCUUCAAGGCUUCCGCGAGGACAAGAGGAACCACAUCACUCCAGUGUCCUACACCAACUACGGCCCGUUCACCUCCUACGCGCCCGCCUACGACUCCAGCUUCUCCAACGUCAGCAAGGAGGACUCGGACCUCGUCUACAGCUUCUUCGGAGACGAGUCAAGUCUGCAAGGCUUAGACAGCUUGUCCGACUUCCUGACCAAAUCUGACGAGUACGUGUACAAGAUGGCCGACAACCUCCUGGACGCCAUGACCAACGGCGAGCACUCGAAGACGCUGAAGGAGGCGGAGCCUCAGGUGGAGCAGCCUCCGACUACGCCUGAAGAGAAAGACAACGCUGAGGCCGCCAAACCUGAUACUUCCUGCAAGACGGAAUCUCCUCUUCCUGCUGACGAGGAUCUUCCAGGAGACAUUCAGCAAAAACUAGACGAGACCACCAAGCUCCUGCGAGACCUGCAGGAAGCCCAGAGGGAGCGACUGAGCACCAAGCAGCCGCCCAACAUGAUCUGCCUGCUUGCGCCCACCACCAAAGAGCUGGAGCUGGCUGAGAAGGUGACGGGCAACUUGACGGAGCUGACGGGCCAAGUGGCGCCGUGUGACAUCAGCAGCGUUCGGGCCAUCAGGAGGGCCAUGGGCAUCGCUCCGGACGCUCUCAUCGACCUGACGACGGUCCUGCAGAUGGCAGAGCCGAUGGACACCAUGGAGUCGGUGCCAAUUACUGCAAUUUAACUGGUAAUAGACGCCGGGUAUCGCAUACAACAACGCGACGCUAGCAUAGCUAACAUUACAGUCACAUUUGAACAGUUACAUCAUUGACCGAAGAAAAACUCAACUACGGCUCCUAUUUUAGGAUGUGUAGCGAAGGCUGCUUUUUAUAAUGUGGGUGUAUGCACGUGUGAGCUCGUGGAUUUUGUUUUAAGAUGCGGUACACAUCAAAAAACUUUUUUUUUUACAAAAAGUACUUUUGGGGGGGAGUUGACAUUUCAUUUAAUAAAUGUAUUUUUAAUUAAAUC